AUGUCAAUGCCCAGAGCAGCACUCUCCUCGGGCUUUGGCAUGCUGUUUGGCGUUGUGGGCCUGGGCGCAGCAGCCAUAGCAUUCCUCGGCAACAGGAUCCUGCCUGCAUCGGUCAUGUCCAGCAUCCGAGGGGCGCUGCAGUCGUUGAUGAGGGGUGCGCAUGACGUGGAGCCACAGGCAGCUGCUGAGACCUUCCAGCGCAGCUUCACAGCACAGUACGGCGAGCUGCAGCCGCAGUGGCGGGACUGCGGCUGGCAGGCAGCCACAGCACAGGCGCACUCGCAGUUCAAAUUCCUCUUUGACACGGAAAAGUUCUGCCGCGAGACUCUGUGCAAUCCGGAGCUGGUGGAGUAUGUGAACAGCACAUUUGUGUGCUGGGGUGGGGACAUCAGCUACCCAGAUGCAUACCGGCUGAGCAACAGCCUGCGGGUGACGGGGUACCCGUACUGCGCGCUGCUGGCGUUUUCGGGGACGCGAACGCAGCUCACAGCGGCAGUGGAGGGGUGCCCGGGGGCGGCGCGGCUGCUGGGCGUGCUGCAGCAGGCCGUCUCCGACCACGGCGGCCACCUCGCCGUGGAGCAGGCCGAUGCCAACGAGCGGGACUUCAAUCGGCGGCUGAGGGAGGAGCAGGACCUGGCCUACCAGCAGUCGCUGGCGGAGGACCAGGAGAGGGAACGCCAGCGCGCUGCCAAGCGCGAGCAGCAGGCAGCGGCAGAGCGCGCUGCGGCCGAGGCAGCCGCCAAGUCCAAGGCGCAGGCGGAUGCGGAGGCGCGCAGGGUGGCGGAUAGGGCAGCGCUGCUGGCGGCGCGGCGAGCGACCAAUCGCGCGUCGCUCAAGCCGGAGCCCGCGGCUGGCACGCCUGCUACAACAGCCCUGCGCGUGCGGCUGCCCGACGGCUCCAACCACUUGCACAGAUUUUCGUCGUCCGCCGCUCUCCAGGAUGUGUGGGACUGGGUGGGCUCGUUCGAGGAGCUGGAUGCUGUCAAGUUCCACCUGGCAGCUUCUUUCCCUCGCCAGGUCUUCAGUGGACCAUCUCUGGCCAAGUCCCUGUCUGAGCUGGGGCUGUCACCCCAGGCUGCCCUGCUAGUUCAGGUUGACGACGAGGAAUGA